AGUUAGCAGCUGUCCAAUGUCAUAAGCUUCCCUUUCUUUGUUUUCUUGAGAGCACGAAACAACUAUAGCACAGAAACGCGUAAACUUCAGCUAUUAGUGCCAUCGAUCCUUAAGUACACUCGAGGUUAGCGUCCAAAUAAACCGUUAUACAGAGAAGCCUUGCUGCGCUCCAGCGGAUGGUGCCUGGAAGGAUGAUUCGCUUGAAGAUUGAUUCAGUUGCCGCGGGUAUAUGGCUGGCCAUUUACUUUUCGUUCGCUGGCCGUUACACCCCCCUACUGAAGGACGUUAACAUUUAUCCAGAAAGAAUGAGCCGAAGGUGGCGCCCGUCUUUCACCGCUGUCCGUCGAGCUUUCCGGGGGUGCGAAAACACGCACGCUCCCGGUAGUCACGCAGGUGCUUAAGCGGAUCUUGGUAGCCAACACCUUUUCGCUCGCGUGCGCCGCCGUGAUUGAAAAGAGGAAGAAGGGAGCACGCUCGUUGGGGCGCAUAAUACGCGCCCAUCCAGGUGUCCGCAGCACGUCGGCUUAUUUUUCCCCCGCCACUAUCUCCCUUGUCAUCGUUGUGCGCAAGCGCGUGCGGAGAGGAACGAGUCUGCCGCCGCGCGGUGGUCGCCUCGGCGCGAGCGGCCCAAACAGGUUGCACUGCAGAAAGCUGACCACGGGGCGCCGUCUUCCGCCCCACGCAGUAGUGACGGAGCGGUCGCGAAGUGGCGAAAAGUCGUCGGCGGUACCACCAGGUGGUGGCGAUGAGCGGCACGACCAGGCUGCUCGCAUUGUGCCUCCUGUCGAGCGCCGUGCGCGGCGUGCCCAAGCCGCAGCAGACAGCCCUGGAAGGCCUGGUCGCUGCACGGGAUGUCCUGUCCACCCUCGAGACGACGCCGCUGCAGAAUGUGGUGCUCCAAGACCGCGCAUUCCGCGUCGGCCUCGGCGCAUUCAGUGGCGAGGCCACUCUCUCCAACGGGACUCUGCGCAGUGUCUCCGGUGUGCGGGCCGUCAACCUGACGCCAGCCGACGGCUCUGAGUCUUCGGUCAUCCGCGCCGAUCUGCCCCUGAGCAAGAUGGUCAUCCACUACAACGCCAACGUUACGUUCAACUCACGCACCGAACUGGCCGGAAUGGACGUCGAGGUGGACUCGCUCGAGCUGGUCGUGGAGCUGAGCCACGAGGGCAAGGGCCAGCUGGAGCUGCAGUCCGUCGAGGCCCGCGACAUGGCUGAGAUGCGUGUGCGGUUCAGCGGCCUCCGCGUGUUCCAGGCACAGAGCGACCUGCUCUCGUUGCUCUUCCGCGGCGCGUUUCGCUUCGACAUCGAGGACGAGGUGGUGGCCAUCUUCGAGGACAUUUUGCGCGAGCUGGUCGACACCCACAACAUCAACAACCUGUGAUACACGUACAGUGCUGCUCUUGGCGAAGAUCAGUUGGGCAGUGAAAUAUGCUUCGCAGACAAUGUCGUGUUCCUACCGCAAUGCUGGUCAUGUGCUGAUUGCCGCUUCGGUCAUAAUCGCGACUAUUAAGGCGAUCCUCACUGGUCUCUUUCAUACGAGACGCCCCGUUCAUAAAAGCGGAUAUGUCUGUCUAAUCAA